AUGGCAUCAUCACCGCAGGAAAAGCGCCAGUCGCGGCUAGUAUUUUCCGCACCUGCGCCGCCUUCUGCAGCCACCGGCAGGAGCUCCACAAGCUCGCCAGGCGCUGGAAACAACUAUAAGCUCCCGAGCAUACAACCAGUUGACUAUUCUUUAACUGCUGGGACCGAUAUUCCACCUCCCGAGUCUUCCCCUGCGACGCCGCAAUCACCAGGUCAAUUGCAUGACGGGAGAUCGAGCAAUGAAGCAAACUUGACCGCCAAAUCCGGAUCAUCAAGGCCAUUGACGUCGCUCUCCGCCGCCCCUUCGUCGUCAUCACCGACUUCGUCUUCUUCGCCGUCAGUCCGCAAACUCUUGUCUCUUGGCUCGCUCAAUGGUGCCUACACCAAUCCCAAGGACGAAGCUGGAGCCGGAAAGAACACUAGUGCUACUACAUCUACUCCCUCGCCCCAACCCGGCAGGAACAAUUUGGCUAUGAAAGCGCCCAGCGUAGCGUCCUCGUCCAAUGGCUCGUCGACGCUGCUGCAGCCGCCGUCGACAAUAUCGAAGCGCAAGAGCGGAAACUGGUUCCGCCGAAAGUCGGCGUCCUGGGGACAUAUACUUUCAUCGUCGUCAGACCAUCACGAGUCCAAGAACCAGCCCACCUCGUCGCCCGCAUCGAAGAAUACCCCUACAACACCGGACUCACCUACCUCAUACUCUGUCCCGAGAAAACCGCUCGGCGAGGCCGCACGCAAUGUCCAGAGCACGCACGCAGCACAGAGACGACCCGCAACGCCACCGCCCACGCUGCCUUCGCUCGACGCAACGCUCGACGGUGGAAGUUUGAGCGCAGAUGAUCUGUUCAAGGAUAUCAAAUAG